UGUGUGUGUGUGUGUAAAAUCCUGUGUGAAGAUAAAAGGGCAUGUGAGAGCCUCGUUGAGCACACACUCCUGAUCGAUCAGACCUCAGACGGACAUCACCGCAGCACAGUAAGAGGAAGAAAAAACAAACCGCCAAGAUGUGUUGCUCCGGCUUUCUCAAAAUUAUGAUGUUUGUCUUCAAUGGUGGCAUCUUUUUGGCAGGUGCAGCCAUCAUGGGUGUGGGAAUAUGGGUCAAAGUGGACAGCAAUUCUCUGUUCGGUUUACUCGAGAAUGUGAAGAACGUACCACCCGAGCUAUCCCAGCUGGUCUAUGUCAGCUACCUGCUCAUAGGAGUGGGUGCUGUGCUGCUGAUCAUCGGUUUCCUGGGCUGCUGCGGAGCUAUGAGGGAGAGCAGGUGCAUGCUGCUGACGUUCUUCUGUAUUGUGCUGAUUAUCUUCCUGGUUGAAGUUGCUGGAGCUGUGGUGCUGCUCGUCUUCCGCAAUGUGGCUGAGGACCUUCUCAAAACACUGGAGACGGACGUAAGAGACAGCAUUCGCAAAGACUAUGGAGACCAAGAGGGUUUGACAUCUCUCUGGAACACCACCAUGGAGCAGUUUAAAUGCUGCGGAUAUAACAACUACACAGACUUUAAUGGCUCCCCCUUUAACCUCAAGGAUGGCAAAAAUCUUUAUCCAACCAUGUGCUGCAAUAGCACUAACACCAACACAUGUAGUGAAAACAUGGCAACAAUGUCGGAAGUGGAAGGCUGCUUUCAAAAGCUGCUGGACUGGAUAGAAAGUAAUGCUACGAUCAUUGCGGGGGUGGCUCUUGGAAUUGUUGCUCUUGAGAUUGCUGCUAUGGUGGUGUCAAUGGUUCUCUACAAGAACAUUGGCUCGAAGGCGUGAUGUUGAUGUGUCCUCCUCCCUUGAUACAAAAUAACAACAUUGUAAUUGGUGGAGAAAUGACUGUCUUGUUAGCACUUUUCUGUGUAUUGGGUUUGUGUCCUUUGAUUCAAAACAGAGACAUGACCUCACGCAUGUAGAACACUGUCACCCAGGAAGGAGAGGCAGGCGUUUGAACCACUGUGAUUUUUUAAAAACUGCAUUUUGUUCUGUGAUUUACUGGGCGUUUUAAGGAUGACUUUUUAAAGUAAGUAAUGCAUGUGCUGAACCACAUAUGUGUAUGUGUAUGUGUAAUGAAGCGCUGUGUGAGUGCAGCUGUGUCAGCUGUUUUUGUCCUGCAAAUUGAAUGCAGUGAUAUGAAAAAUAAUAUUUUUUUACAAUGGAUCACAUAUUAAAAAUAAAUAUAAAUAAA